CCCGUGUUUCCAGGAUGACCACCGAACCAAGAAUCUUCAGUCUAGGGAACCCAAACAAUAGAAGUGGUUGCCAUCGGACCCCUUAGCCAGGUGAAGCAAGAAGUCCUUCAGUAAGAAAAAUCCGACUUCGGUCGGUAGUACCUUGUUAACCAUAUAUGGACUGCUUUGAAAACUAGCCAAUCAGCUUGUGCCGAGUUUGACUUUUCCCUAACUCCUUCAAUUUUGCCCCAAACCGCGGCGCGGAGAGACAGGUUUCAGCCCAGUUUCCUGUCUCCUUGCUGGUCGACCUCGCAACAAAGCUCUUUCUUUUCUCGAAAGCUGAUGCCAUAGUAUUUGCUUCUAUGCGCCCCAGGCAGUGAGCCCUUACUCCACAAGAAUUUUUGGCGAUCGCACACGGACUAAGGCCGUGUGGUCUUCUGGCUGAGGCCCUGUAGCCCCGGGCUGGGUGUAGGUCCUCGCCACCGACCCUGAGUGGACACCUAGACGCGAUUUGUCUAGAGGCUCGGCUGUCGGGUUGCUGCUUCCAGCCGCAGAGGCGCUCCAGGCUCCUCCGCGCUCCUUUCACUUUUGGGGAAAGAAACAGCUCCUGGAUCUUUUGGCUGUCGCGUGGAAUGUCAUGGCCAGCUCCUCAGACAGCGAAGAUGACAGUUUCAUGGCUGUGGACCAGGAGGAAACUGUGCUGGAAGGGACGAUGGAGCCAGAUGAGGAGCCCCGCGCGGCGCUGGAGGCUGAGGAGACUCGACAUAACAGGUCCAUGUCUGAGCUGCCAGAAGAAGUUUUGGAGUAUAUUCUCUCCUUCCUCUCCCCAUACCAGGAGCACAAAACUGCGGCCCUUGUCUGCAAGCAGUGGUACCGGCUUAUUAAAGGUGUAGCCCACCAGUGUUACCAUGGUUUCAUAAAGGCUGUUCAGGAAGGGAACAUCCAGUGGGAGAGUCGGACAUACCCUUAUCCCGGGACCCCCAUCACCCAGCGGUUCUCACACAGUGCGUGCUAUUAUGAUGCUAAUCAGUCUAUGUAUGUGUUUGGAGGCUGUACCCAGAGCAGUUGCAACGCUGCCUUCAAUGACCUCUGGAGACUUGACCUAAAUAGCAAAGAGUGGAUCCGACCUUUGGCUUCAGGGUCCUAUCCUUCCCCCAAAGCUGGAGCGACUCUGGUUGUAUACAAGGACCUGCUGGUGCUGUUUGGUGGCUGGACACGGCCAAGCCCUUACCCCCUGCACCAACCAGAGAGGUUCUUUGAUGAAAUACAUACUUAUUCACCCUCUAAAAACUGGUGGAACUGCAUUGUGACCACCCACGGCCCACCUCCCAUGGCAGGGCAUUCCUCUUGUGUGAUAGACGAUAAAAUGAUCGUCUUUGGUGGCUCCCUAGGAUCCCGGCAGAUGAGCAGCGACGUCUGGGUCCUAGACCUGGAGCAGUGGGCGUGGUCCAAGCCCAGCAUCUCAGGGCCCAGUCCUCAUCCCCGAGGCGGCCAGUCUCAGAUCGUCAUAGAUGAUGCAACUAUUUUAAUCCUUGGAGGGUGUGGCGGUCCCAAUGCUCUGUUCAAGGAUGCUUGGUUGCUGCACAUGCACUCAGGCCCCUGGGCCUGGCAGCCGCUCAAGGUGGAGAAUGAAGACCACGGGGCCCCAGAACUCUGGUGCCAUCCAGCUUGCCGGGUCGGGCAGUGUGUGGUUGUCUUCAGCCAGGCGCCUAGUGGGCGAGCACCACUUAGCCCCAGCUUGAACUCCCGCCCAUCCCCUAUCAGUGCCACCCCUCCAGCCCUGGUUCCCGAAACCCGAGAAUACCGCUCGCAGUCUCCCGUGAGGAGCAUGGAUGAAGCGCCCUGUGUUAACGGCCGCUGGGGAACACUGAGGCCCAGAGCGCAAAGGCAGACCCCGUCAAGUUCCCGAGAAGGAAGCCUUUCCCCAGCCAGGGGCGACGGCUCGCCCAUCCUGAAUGGGGGGACUGUAUCUCCGGGGUCGGCCGCUGUAAGUGGCUCUUCCUUGGACAGCCCCGUGCAGGCUGUGUCUCCGAGCACCCCAUCUACCACCGAAGGAUACGACCUGAAAAUGGGGCUCUCCCUGGCCCCUCGACGAGGAUCACUGCCUGAUCAGAAAGAUCUAAGGUUAGGAUCAAUAGAUCUGACUUGGGACCUGAAACCUGCUUCCAGUGGCAAUCACGUGGACGGCAUGGACAACAGGACAGCGGGGGGAGGCUUGCGACACCCUCCCGAGCAGACGAACGGUGUGCACACCCCGCCGCACGUGGCGAGCGCCCUCGCGGGAGCAGUCUCCCCAGGCACCUUGCGCCGCAGCCUGGAAGCUAUCAAAGCGAUGUCGUCCAAAGGCCCCCCCGCCUCUGCAGCACUGAGCCCUCCCCUGGGGUCUUCUCCGGGCUCCCCUGGGAGCCAGAACCUGGGCAGCGGAGAAGCAGUGCCUGUCCCCCGCCCGGGGCCCGCACAGGGGGACGGACACGCCCUGCCCCCCAUCGCCCGCCGCCUGGGCCACCACCCCCCGCAGUCCCUGAAUGUGGGCAAGCCCUUGUACCAGAGCAUGAACUGCAAGCCCAUGCAGAUGUACGUGCUGGACAUCAAGGACACCAAGGAGAAGGGGCGCGUCAAGUGGAAAGUAUUUAAUAGCAGCUCUGUGGUCGGACCUCCCGAAACCAGCCUGCAUACAGUGGUACAAGGCAGGGGUGAACUCAUCAUAUUUGGAGGACUCAUGGACAAGAAACAGAAUGUGAAGUACUAUCCAAAAACAAACGCCUUGUACUUUGUGCGAGCAAAGAGAUAAUAUGUUCUAAAACC